AUGCCUUCUCAAUCAUCAACCACCACAAUGGCCGCACCCGUUCCUCGUCGCCGUCUAUCUCCACUUCUUACCUCCUCCACCUUUGGCGAAGACGUCAGUUUCUAUCUUGACACCGUCAAAGCCAACAACCUCAAAAAUAAAGCCCCAUAUGCCUUCCACGAGAAUGAGUACGCUCCACCAGCUCCACCGCCACCUUCUCCAAUCAACUUUCCUGCCGAGAGCUGGAGUACCGCUUGUCGAAGAUAG